AUAGUUGAACGGCUGAAGGAAAUACACAGGAAUGCAACGCGGAAAUUAAUUGAGACUGUAAUUAUCCUUCCGUGAUUAACAAACACGAUGAAACAAUUUCAGUAUUUAUAGCAGUGCAUUACUUAGAAUAUUGACGUUGUCGGAACAAUUGAGAUGGCGUCUUGGACUUGUGCAUGUGGACACUCCAAUGAAAAGAGUCAGUGUUGUCAGUCCUGCGGAUCUCACGCGGAUAGGAUGAGUUUUGCUCUCAGCCUGAACCCACUGUCGGCGUUCAGCAAUUACCAGCCGUCCUAUUCUGUUCCUACAACAGAAACUGAUUGGCAGUGUUCGAAGUGUACUUACUUGAACAGCCCAGUGGUGACUUGCUGCGAGCUGUGUGGAGGUGACAACACCAAGGAGAAAGGCCAACAGAACGGCGCGCCUUCUCAGGAGACAAAGGCGCCUUCUGCUUCUAAAGACGUGGACGAAGUGAGAAUCAUACUAGUUGGUAGAACCGGAGCGGGCAAGAGCGCAACUGGAAACACUUUGUUGGGAAGAAAGGCGUUUCAAUCUGAAGUUUCGAACUCUUCUAUCACUAAAAAAUGUAAACGAGGCUCCUCUGAACGCUUUGGUCAUCGAAUGCUGGUAGUAGAUACACCGGGGCUUUUCGACACUGGAAUGACCAAUGAGGAUAUAACCGCAGAGAUUCUGAAGUGUGUGGGGCUCUCGGCUCCCGGUCCUCACGCAAUUCUUUUGGUUGUAGGAAUCGGUCGCUUCACACAGGAAGAGAACGAAACGGUGACUCUUCUCCGUAAGAUGUUUGGAGAAGACAUGAUGAAGUAUCUAAUUGUCGUGUUUACUCGAAAAGACGACCUAGACAGGGGGAGUAAGACGAUCCAUCAAAUGGUAAGAGAUGCUCCGAAGUGUCUGCAGGGUAUCGUCAAUGAAUGUGACGACCGUUAUUUUGCUUUUGAUAACACUGGAGAAGAUCCGCAAGACUCGGAACAGCAAGUUCAGGAGUUAUUGGAAAUGAUUCAAUCUAUGACAAGGAGAAAUGGGGGUGAUUAUUACACGAGUCCGAUAUUCGACGAAACAGAACUCGUCAUCAGGCAAAGAGAACAAGAGUUAAAGAAACAUUACGAGGAAGAAUUCAAAAGACGUAAUACAAAAAUGCGUAAACGUCUUUCAGAGGCAUACCAGGAGCAAAAUAACAAAUUUAAAAGAAGAGAGAAAGAAUUGUUAGACAAGUUAGAAACUCUUGAAAGGCAACGCUUUAGCGAGACUGAUGCCAUUAUUUCGAGACUAACACAAUUACAAAUGGAAAUGGAUAAUUUGCAAAUGGAGGCCGUGCCAGAAACAUUCGAGUCCGCAGAAAAUACACAAAUGUUCACUAUUCAACAAAAAAUCCUUCAGGUUAAGAAAAAACUGGCACAGGUCCGAAAGGAACAGGACGAUCUGUAUUCUAAGACAGUAUCGGCGAUCCCCGAGGUUGAUUCAACACCUGGAUAUAGUGAAAAUGGAGGGUGGGAAACUGUUCGAGAGAGCGUUCGGGAUGAGAUUGAAAGAGGGGACAGGAACAUCAUGAAGAGGUUUUGGUCGAAUAUAAAGAAUGCUGGACUUGGCCUGAUUCAGAGUUUUAGAGAUAUGUUCGAAACAUUAAAGCAAAAGACUGGUAUAUCGUAGCCCAGCUUCAACUCUACUUUUGGUGUUUGAAGACUUACUUCAAAAUGUGAGAAACUCUUUCAACUUUGUGAAUAAAUAUCAUUAAUGUCAUUGUAUACACCACAUAUCCCUAUUCAAAUGUUUAAACUAGCAAUUAAAUGAUGAAUUAUAAUGUACAUGUAAGACAUGACUUUCUGUUCCUUUUGAGUUUUAUCAUUUAUAAAAUGUAUUCCUACAUCAUCUACUUGAUAUAUUUAAUGAUAUAUUAAAUGCUGGUAUAACAUAAUAUGAAUCUGUUAUUAUAUCGGUCCGAUGGACAAUUGUUUCAUCUUUUAACAAGUUGCAAUUGCCAUUUCAGAAGAACCGACUCUACUUCAACCAUUUGUUUAGUGUUUUGUUAAUAUAGAUAAACUACUCUAGGUUCGGCUUUGGUUGAUAUCCAAUAUACCGAAGAAAUGGUGUUUGCGUUGAAGUACAAUGUAGUAUAAUUAGAGAAAAGAUAUAGACAAAAUAUACACUGAAAUACAUUACAUGUAAGUGAUAUUCGUUGAGAUAUAAACAAUUGAACAAAGUCAA